AAAUCGGCCAAUUUUUCCCAAAAUCGGGUAUUGUACCCUAAAUUCCCAAUUCCUCGUUCAUCAUUUUUGCUUCCACACUUGCCAUUCCCCCCCGUCUGAGAAUCUGGAUUCUCAACCUGAGAACCAAAUCAUUCCCUUCGAAGCAGAGGUACGAACCGGCGCCGCCAGAUGCAGAGUCGGCGAGCAAGUGCCGCUAUUGAUUCCCUCAACAGAAUUGGUAAAGCCAAGCGAGAACAGUAAAGAUUUACAUUGACCUUAUUGGAAAGUGCAACUCGUUGAAGUUCAUACGGGCCUUCAUUAGCCAACGCUUACCCCUAAGGUUAGGCUUUUAAAAGGUUUGUAGUUUUUUUUUUAGCUUGGAAAAUGAAUAGGUUCUUUACUGAACCCCUCCCUAUGCACUUCACUAUGGAUUUUAAAUUUAUCUUUCUUGCUCAUGUGAAGUGCAAAAAAUUUAGGUAUAAUUUAUCUGGUUUCUUCGGUGACACAGUGGCAGCUAUGAAUAUAAAAUUAGUUACUGAACCCAUCGAGACUAUUCUCCCGAUUCCAAUUUUUUCCCAGCAUCUUCUUCGUUCUCUAAUCUUCAUCCUCCGACCAACAAUUCCCAGCACCAAAUCCUGAUUACAGAAACCAGGAUUUGGGAAUUGUUCGGUUCCAUUCGAAUUUUGCAAUAUUCUUGCUAAGCUCUGAAGCAUUCAUUUUGAGCAAAACCUUUAUAUUUAUUUUUUUAUUUUUAUUUUUUUAAAAAAAGCAUAUCCCAAUUCUUGGAAGUCAGGAAAAUCAUCCAUAUAUACUUCACGUGAGAAUGAUAAAUGAAUUGGGCUUCUUUUUAUUACUGCUAGGCAGCCAUUGAUGAGUAUACGAAAUUGGUAGGGUUAUUUGAACAAUGGAGAUCACGCUGGUGACAUUGUUAAGGGUGGCUUGGAUUGGGGGGACUUUGCCUAUUCUGAUUGCUUCAAUCCCUUCGUCUAAGCUCAGUUGGUUUCAUGAUUUGCUGUCGGGCUUUGCAAAACGUGGCAAGACUCUUCAAUCAUCAUCAAGUAGAUUCACAGUCCCGCAGAGAUUCUUCGGCCACUUUUAUGUAUUGGCUGUUAUUUGGACAACAACUUUACUGGUUGCAACAUGGGUUUACGCGUACAGCGGGACGCCAUUAGUCUCUGAGCCAAUGCAGUUUUCUAGCAUUACCAGCCACUUAACUGGGGGUUCGCAGAGUUUUUGGUUGCAUGAGUCCAGGUCGAUGAAGCUGGAAAAAAGACGGGGGGUUUGGCUUUCUGUUUUUUUGCUUUUGUUGAUGGAAGCUCAAGUAUUAAGACGUCUUUAUGAGACAAUAUAUGUGUUUAAGUAUAGUCCCUCCGCGAGGAUGCACAUCUUUGGCUAUAUCACCGGGUUAUAUUUUUAUGCGGCUGCUCCAUUAUCACUUUGCUGUACUUACAUGGCCGAAGUGUUCCAUUACGCCUUGAACUUGAUUCAAGAGUUCAUAGUUAAGGGAAAGGAUCAGAUGCAAGUCACUGAAACUAAUUGGUGGGGGUUCGUGAACCCUCUUCUAAAGCUCAACUGGCAUGCUUGGUUAGGGGCAAUUAUUUUUCUGCUAGGAUGGAUUCAUCAGCGUCGAUGCCAUGCAAUUCUCGGUUUAGUGCGAGAGAAAUCGGAAGGCAGUGAUGAUUAUGUGAUUCCUUACGGUGAUUGGUUCAGAUAUGUUUCAUGCCCUCAUUACCUAGAUGAGAUAGUGAUAUAUGCUGGUAUUCUGGUUGCUAGUGGAUGCUCUGACAUUACAGUGUGGUUGCUUUUUAUCUUUGUUGUGGCGAAUCUUGUGUUUGCAGCAGCAGAUACUCAACAAUGGUAUUUAAGAAAAUUUGACAACUACCCUAGAGAGCGUUAUGCUAUAAUUCCAUGUAUAUAUUAAGCCUGAAGGAAGAACCUUUAUGUUUUAUGUCAAUACCGAUGUGUGGAAAUGCAAAUGAACUUAGAUUUUGUAAAAUGAAGCAUAUUAUGCAAUUGUGGAGGUAAAAUACCAGCAUUUCAGAUAAAUGUAAAUAGUUGUCUUUUUUUUUUUUUUUUUUUGGGGGUGUUCCAAGAAGUUUCUAUUCAUUCAGCAGUUAUUCAAUUGAUGCACAGUUUAGCAAGUUCAACAAGAG